ACAUAGGGGUUGAACUCAUUCUCUGAUUGUGAUUUUGGGCUGGCAACUCUCUUGAUCGGUCUUCUCUCUCUCGCUCGCCCUAGAGCUCUACCGUUCAUCAAUCAUGGCAUUCUUCCUUAACAAAACCGCUGUUGGUUCUCACUUGCGGUCUCACUUUCAGGCAACACGAAACGAUGCCCUUUCCCUCUCGCGUCGCCAAUUCCAUGUAGAACCAGGAAAGCGCGAACUAGCUCUCUUGGCAGAGGACCCGUCUUUAAAGCGAUUUAAGUCACAUAAGACUAAUGUGAAGCGACUUACGAGAUUUGGAGACGUACUCACUAUAGUUAUUGUAGCAGGCUGUUGCUAUGAAAUAUAUACUAGAGCAGUAAUGCGAGAAGAAGCUCGGAAACAAGCCAAUGCUGAAAAUUGAAGUGCAUAAUGAAGUGUGUGUGUGUGUCUCUUUGGCCUUUUUCGUUCAGGCAACUGUAGCAGAAAUAUUCUGACUUUUAAAUGCAGAAAAAGUGGCCCCAUAUACUUGGUUUGAAUUUAUGUUUCCUAGUCUCUUUCUUAAUAAGAUUUGUUGCAGUGGUGUACUUCAAACAUGUCAAUGAAAGCAACAAAAUGAUUUGUUCUUUAAAUGAAUGUUCUAGAAGAUAAAUUUAAAUAAUAAUUAUAAUAUUUGUGCGCAGGCGUAAGCCUUAACCUGAA